UUGCAGGUCGAAAGAGCUGCACCUGCAUCGAAGAUCAAAGAAUCCGUCAUAUCUGACCGCAUUCCUGUAUUUGGCACCAUUUUGUCUUCUGAUUUACCAUAAUGGUGGGAAAUGCAAUAUUGAUGACAGCAGCAAAGGAAAUUAAUGGAAUCAAGCAAUAAGUUGUCCAAGAAGACUCAAUGUGAAAUCGAGGCUUAAGAAGACAGAUAAAAAGGUUUGCAAGCCAGUUGUGAUGACUAGCUAGGAUGCGGGGUUGUGUAUGGAAGAUGGAGAAAGCCACGAUAUCGUGUCUUGUUACAGCGCGACAGAACCAGCGAAAUUUUGCAAGCUGUAGCCGGUAUAUGUAUAACAAUGCACCAUAUCAAGAAGCAACUCAACGGAGAGAUUGGCAAUGGAGACGGCAUUCGGAUGAAGCACUAGGAGAGCUGUGUUCCUGGCUGCAAGCAACGGAGUCCACUUUGUCAUCACGUUUGCCGCAGAGAUCUGAAACGAGGAGUAGUUGUGCUCUGCUUAGGCCAGCUCCGAAAGAGAAAAAAAAGCCAAGCUCAGCAGACGCCAAGGCAGCGAAAAAGCAGUCAUUGGCGCAGAAGAAGUCAGAAAAAGAAUCAAAAGUGCCUUGGAAAUGCCGGUCAACUCCACGGCAAAAACGAAAAACAUACUCUCGAUAUCAAACACUCGAGUUGGAGAAGGAAUUCCUUUUCAAUCAGUACUUGACCAAGGAAAGACGUCGUGAAUUAUCAGCUAACCUCGGCUUGACUGAGAGGCAGAUAAAGAUUUGGUUUCAAAAUAGAAGAAUGAAGCAACGGAGAACCAACAAGUAGACUUUUAGGCCGUCUGGCUAUGUCUUGAUAAAAAGCUGUUGGUGGUAAAUACGACCAGAGCUUCCAUCUCCAGCAUUCGAUUUAAUUAAGACGCAACAGCUAACAGAAUUCGAGAAGAUUACUGAUGCUGGCCAUAUUGACACGUGAUAAACCAAUAGGCGGCUAAGCAGAUUUCUGUUAUUCUAACGUCGCUAACUAACCAAUUCUUCCAAUUCGGAAUGUACCAAUUACCUCUUCGUUUAGGGCGUUGCAGACACUCCUCAGGGGCUAAGUUGAAAUCUUGCCGUAAAAGCCUGUAAUUCCCAUCCCUUCAAAUAUUUUUAAGCUUGUGUUUGAGCAAUUGCUGUGAAAAGUCUAACUUCAAGAGCAAAUUUUUUCUAGAAUUUACAAACAAUGACAACUUACUUACUACUUAGGUCUUGCAGGAUUUAUUUCAACUAGACCUCCACUGUGUAUGUUCGCUGUAAAAUUUGGCUCGGUUAUUUGAUUAUUUGUUAUUUGUAAUUUCAUGUUUUGUAGAAAUAUACUCCUAAAUGUGCAAAAAAAUAAAGAAAUAAAAUCGUGUGGCAUUAACUAAGAAUCAGAUUAUAUUUAGUGAUGAUUCCUCUUCAGUCAGUAUUAUCUAUAAUUAUAUAUAGCCAGUGCAUUGAUAGCUGGAAGUGCUCAGAACCCGUUUUAUCAAACAAUAUGACAAAACAAGUGUUAGCUUUAGCUAGCAACGAACUUAAAGGAUCUUGCGCAACCGGCAUGCUUAGCGGCAGUUGUCUUGAGAAAUGGACUGUAUUUUGUAUUUUCAUGCAGUACGAUAUUAGGCCUGUUCUGCGAAUUAAAUUAACAAAGCGAGCCGGUUGCGCAAGAGCCUUUAAGCUUUAUCUAACUAGAUGUCUACUUAUAAAAUAAGACGUUUAUGUACUAAGUCAAUACAUUGUGAUUAAUACUGGCUACUGUUCAGCCCAUUUAAUUAUAUCAUUAUUUCGUUUUAGAAAAAAUAUUUUCAUGCUUUUAGCCAGAGCCAAAAAACUUUCCUAACCUAGUGUUCUUUGAUGCGACAGAGAGCAAUUCCGUUGCUUUAAUGUUAUCGUAUUCAAAUAACUAUAAUAUUAUGUACAUA